GUGAGAUCAGAUGCGGAGGCCGGCGCAGGACAGACACAGUAUCAGCACCACUUGUCUUGGUGGGAUGUAGACAACGAGACCGAGAUGGAGUGAAGAGAAACAAGCCUAACGUUGUGGGCAGGAGUCAGCUGUGUCAGAAUAAAAUGCUGGCAAGAAGAAUGCAAAGAAGCACACUUGGGACCUCUAAUGGAAUGGAAUAGUACAAUGGCUGCAUUGAGGAAAAACGACAACCCUCCUUUUCAACCAGAAUCCCACCACUAGGCUGUAUUAAAGCAGUCGAGGGUAUUGAAUUAAUGUCAAGCGUCUCGUGGAGGCAGCAUCAUGCUGCACCGCUGGAAGUAGCUGGAGGGACCACCCAUGGAGAUUCCACCUUCUCUACGUUCUCAAUGCUCCUAACACGCGCCAAGUAAACAGAAAUGCCUUCAAAGGUCAACUGCUUAUACUUGUUGACGGUCGUUUGCUGGGCUAGCGCUCUCUGGUACCUGAGUCUGUCCCGUCCCUCCACCUCCUACGUGGGCCAGCUGUCCAUUCCCAUCCGCCAGAAGACCAAGCUCACCAAGAACGGGACCUUCAGCAAUAUACGGACUCGGCCGCUCAACCCGCACGCCUUCGACUUUGUCAUCAACGAGCCCAAGAAGUGUGAGGCGGAGGCACCUUUCUUAGUCAUCCUGAUCAGCACCACCCACAAGGAGUUUGACGCACGUCAAGCGAUUCGAGAGACGUGGGGUGACGAGAGCACGUUCGGCGAUGGCGUUCGCGUCCUCACACUCUUCCUGCUGGGGAGGAACGCGGACCCGGUGCUCAACCAGAUGGUGGAACAGGAGAGCCAGAUCUUCCACGAUGUCGUAGUGGAGGACUUCAUAGACUCUUACCACAACCUCACCCUGAAGACCCUGAUGGGCAUGCGCUGGGUGGCCACCUUCUGCCCCAAGGCCCAGUACGUCCUCAAGACGGACUCGGACAUCUUCGUCAACAUGGAGAACCUGGUCUACAACCUCCUCAAGCCCGCCACCAAGCCGCGGAGACGCUACUUCACAGGCUACGUCAUCAACGGAGGUCCGAUCAGAGACAUGCGUAGUAAGUGGUACAUGCCCAGAGACCUUUACCCUGAGGCUAAGUACCCGCCGUUCUGCUCGGGCACGGGGUACGUGUUCUCGGCGGAUGUAGCCGAGCUCAUCUACAAGACGUCCCUGCACACCAGACUGCUCCACCUGGAGGAUGUGUAUGUGGGGCUGUGCCUUCGCAAGCUGGGCAUCCACCCCUUCCAGAACAGCGGCUUCAACCACUGGAAGAUGGCCUACAGUCUGUGCCGCUACAGACGGGUCGUAACGGUCCACCAGAUCUCCCCGGAGGAGAUGCACCGCAUCUGGAACGACAUGACCAGCAAGAAACACCUCAAGUGUUAACCAGCUACCUACAGUUAGUGCCAAUCUGAGGAGGUCCUGAAUUCUUCUUCUUCUUCUCCUCCUCCUCCUCUUUCUCUUCCUCCUCAUCCUCCUUCUCUGCCCCUUCCUCCUCUUCCUAACUCUGCUUUGUCAAUGUACAGCACAUGACCCUGAGGGUAUAACAGUGACCGUCUGGCCGUUUGCAUAGUCCAGGAGACGCUUCGCUAAAAGCCUCUUUAUCAGACCAAGGUUACUCUCUGCUGUUGUAACUCCUGCAUUCUCCCCCUUAGCUAUUGAUGAGUUUAAAGGCCACAGGUAUGAAAAUAAUUCUAUACAUUUUCUGAAAUAUAUUUGAUUUAAAAAAACACUCUAUGAAAAUCUAAUAAUGUCCCACAAUGCAACAGUAUGCCAUUUACACCAUAUGUUGUUUAUUAGAUGAAAUCACUAAAACGCAGAGGUAGAAGCUUAGCAGUGGGACAGAAUAGCACAGAUGCUAUUAGGCUAAUCUAUAUAGGCAACGCUGCUAAUUUACAGAAAAACUCUGGCCCCAUUACUGAAGAAGUAGGGAUGAUAAGAAAUACCAAGAUAUACAACCUAUGUAAAUGUUCUGCUGUCAGUUAGGUUGAUAAUGAAUGUCCACUCUUAAUUUCCAGUCGUUGUAUAAUUAAUAAAGAUGUAUUUGUAGGAUGUACAGUUUUGGUACCACAACAGAUGUUGUCAUAGUGAAAAGACCAUGAUAGGUUCACAAUGUAACAACGUGCUGUAGACAUAGAUUGAGUGUUCAUUGGAAUGAUCUAAGAUUGUUAGAACAGGAGACUAACAAUUCAAUGGACCUACUGUAUAAUGAUGGACAUACUUGCCUCUGCAAUUGAGUUGUAAUAUAUUGUUUUAAAGAGCAAACAUAUUUUCUUACUCUGGAUCUGGAGUCCUUUGUAUUGUACUAUGUAGACAAAGACUUCAUUUCUUGAACACCAGUAUUUCCUAUGGGACAGUACAGAUGACGAUGUAACGAUAUUAACCACAUCCAUUCCCAGGUGAAUGUUAUUCUAUCUGUAUGUGAUGUGUAAUUAUUUUUUGCUCUUUAAGCAGUGCUGUGAUGAGACAGACUGCAGAGUGUCAUAUUUUCUAUUACUUGAACCAGAGGGACUACACAACCAAUGGCUGCAUUACAUUAAAGACGUAUUUCAUUU